AUGACUUCUUUGACGUUUGUAUCGCAGGACAGUAAAGUGAAGAAAUAUGGCAACAAGAAGCCUACGCCAGCAUACUUCCCCACGUCUAAAGACUCAAUCCUGAUCCCAGAUUUCAAGUUUUACGAUUCGGUAAAAGCAGCAAAACGGGUUUUGACCCAUACUUAUGAAGUUCCGGUCAGAUCCGGGAAGGCUUGGAAAGCUUCCAAAGGCUCGAUAGUUCGCAUUUCAACUCCCGAAGGGCCUCAAGUAUGCGACUUCAACUGCUGGGAGCAGAACUCGAAUUUCAAAGAGCAUCUGUGGGCAUCCCGCACAAGACAGCUACAUUCUGCCCAUGUUUCUGUGUACGACAAGUUGUGGUCGAAUUUGCCAUACCUGCGUCCUCUUCUCACCAUCAUCGGAGACACUCUUGCGGGCUAUGGACCGAACGAAAACGGCGGAAGAGCCCAUGAUCUGCUGGGAACUCGCUGCGAUCCAUACGUGGACAAGCUUUUGAGUGGUCAGGAUAACGAUUUCCAUUGUCACUCCAACUUGUACCGUGCGAUCAAAGAGUUUGGCGGUGAAGAAGAAAAUGUGCACGAUGUUCUUAAUAUCUUCCAAGUGACGGGACUCAAUGAGAACGAUCAGUAUUUCAUGGAGACAUGUCCGGCCAAGAAAGACGACUACUUUGAGUUUUUCUGUGAAGUUGACCUGUUAUGCGCUAUAUCUGCUUGUCCAGGAGGAGAUUUGUCCAAUUGGGGCUGGGGCGAGGGAGCAGCGUCCAGUGAAGAAGGUGCUUUUGGAGAAAACGAAAAUGUGGAAGAUAUGACCGGUGUGUGCAGACCACUCCGGGUGGAGGUUUUCGAGGUGAAAGAUACUGAGAUUUUAGCAAGCUGGAACUCGCCAAAGCCUGUUAAGUACAAUGGCAACCAUGGUUUGUAG